CAUGGGGGUUAAAGGGGUUUGUUAGAAGAAAGCAAGUUGAUUCAGUUUAUGAGAGGAGAAGAGAGGGUUCCCAGUUGGCCAAGAAGCUUUCUGCUUUUGACCUGACUGCUAUUGGUGUUGGGACAACAAUAGGAGCUGGAGUAUACAUUCUUAUUGGAACAGUUGCUAGAGAGCAUGCGGGACCUUCUCUCAGUAUCUCUUUCCUAAUCGCAGGGCUGGCAGCUGCACUCUCAGCAUUUUGUUAUGCUGAGCUUGCUUGUCGUUGCCCAUCUGCUGGGAGUGCCUAUCACUAUGCAUACAUAUGUAUUGGUGAAAGUGUUGCAUGGCUGAUUGGUUGGGCACUCAUUCUGGAAUACACGAUUGGUGGUGCAGCUAUUGCUCGUGGCAUAUCCCCUAAUCUAGCCUUUUUUUUUGGUGGUGAGGAUAAGCUGCCGGCAUUUUUGGUUCGUCACACCAUCCCUGGGUUUGGUAUUGUGGUUGAUCCAUGUGCAGCAGUUUUAGUUUUUAUUGUUACUGUGCUAUUAUGUGCUGGAAUCAAGGAGGUAACCUGUUUCUUUACAACAUCCAUGUACGUAGAAGAAGUUAUCACUAAAGCUGUUCGGAAUGUGAUGUGGUAGGACCAACUAAUAUAGCAUAAUGAAUGAGCAAACUAGCUUAUGGUUGUCCAAAACUAUUGGCUAAACUUAAUGACUUUUUCUGUGUUGUACCAUAACUGGUGUUUCCACCACAUCAUUUGUAGGAUGAUGGGCCAUACAAAUGGGAUAGUCCUCCCUUUUUCCAAACCCUUUCCCACCCAUCUCAAGGUUGGAAAGACCUUCAACUUGGAGUCUCAAGUUCGUACUAGUUGAGACACCCACAUUGGGUAUUAUUAAUUUGCAGUUAACAUUGUGUUUUUCUGUGCUUGUUUCUUUUGACUGAUUUUACAUAGGACUUUUAUUUUACAGAGUUCUCUGGCACAAGCCAUAGUUACAACAGUGAAUGUCUGUGCCAUGCUUUUCGUAAUAAUAGCUGGUGGAUAUUUGGCUUUUAAGACUGGAUGGGUUGGAUAUGAACUUUCUAAUGGGUAGUAGCCAGUGUAUUUUUCAUUUCUUUCUUCUUUUUGGCUUUUUCUUUAUAAACCCCUAAUGGCCGCGUCUAUGUUUCAUUUUUCAUUUUCUAGGUUUUUUCCAUUUGGAGUAAAUGGAAUGCUUGCAGGAUCUGCUGUUGUGUUCUUUUCAUAUAUUGGUUUUGAUGUGGUUACCAGUGCAGCCGAGGAGGUGAAAAAUCCUCAAAAAGAUUUGCCCCUGGGUAUAGGGAUGGCAUUAUCUUUGUGCUGCAUUUUGUAUAUGCUUGUAUCAGUUGUUAUCGUUGGUUUGGUGCCAUACGACUCCUUGAAUCCAGAUACUCCUAUCUCCUCAGCAUUUUCUACCAAUGGAAUGCAGUGGGCAGCGUAUGUUACAACAACUGGCGCUAGUACUGCUCUGUGUGCAAGCUUGCUUGGUUCGCUUCUUCCCCAGCCACGAGUCUUAAUGGCAAUGGCUAGAGAUGGAUUAUUGCCAUCAUUCUUUUCAGACAUUAACAAACAUACAAAAGUUCCAGUAAAGAGCACAGUGACAGCUGGUAUCCUUGCUGCAGUCCUGGCACUUUUAAUGGAUGUGGAACAAUUGUCAGGCAUGGUUAGUGUGGGUACUUUGCUUGCUUACACUGCUGUUGCAGUUUCAGUCUUAAUACUUAGAUAUGCUCCUCCUGAUGAGGUGCCAUUUCCAUCAUCUCUUCAAGAGUCCAUUGAUUCAGUAAGAAUGCAGUUCAGUAAUUAUAUUCAGGAGACUGAAAAUAAAAACUUUGAAAGUGAUUGUGCUUGUGAGCAAAGGUCUUGCCUUCCAGAGAACAGUGAGGCAUCAAUUCAAUGUCCUCUUAUUCAAAAGCAAGUAGCUGAAGGUAGACAGAAACAACAAAAGAGGAGGAAAAUUGCAGCAUGGAAUAUAGCGCUUCUCUGCAUAGGUGUUCUUGUCCUUGCAUCAGCAGCUUCUACAGAAAGACUUUCCAGCCUGCUCCGCAUCACCCUCUGUGCAGCAGGUGCAGCAAUUCUGUUGUGCAGUUUGAUUGUUCUGGCAUGCAUCAAUCAGGAUGAUGCGAGGCACAACUUCGGACAUUCAGGAGGUACCUUCAGUUUUUUGUACAUCUUGAAUUUGUAGCCAUUUUCAUUAAUAAGAAUUAUAAAAGCAUAAUGUUAGGUUGACAUCUCCCACUUUGAUGGUGGCCUGAACUGGUGAAACCUAUUUAUGGUUAUAACCAAGACAUGAUCUUAAACCUGAAUACUUGGUUUCCUCUGCCCAUUUGUUCCUUUCUUACCGAGCGCUUGCAUCCUAGUUAACACAUACUUGUUAAUAAAUCUGGGAGCUGGUGCAUUGAUCCGGGUUUCAUUAUGGCUAACAAUAGGCGCAUUAAUUUAUCUAUUCUAUGGACGAACACACAGCUCGCUCAUAAAUGCCAUAUAUGUGCCUGUGGCUUAUGCUGAUGAGAUACACCGAGCAUCAUCAAGUCAUCUGGUCUCAAGUUAAUCCAAGACACACUACAGGUUCUGAAGCAUAUAUCUCAGAAGGCAAUACCAGCUGCAUCCUAGACAUUAUUUAUCCUGUCCUGCAUCAUUGGAUCUAAAUUGAAUCGAUUUAUCAAAUCAAUCUUGUGUUUGCAUAGCAAUGUCCUUAUGGUAAUCUCAGUUUAUGGACCUUUUACGCUGAAAGUUGAAACAUUAGCCUCUUUGGCGAUGUACAAAAAAUGGUUGCUCCAUGGAAAGAUGGAAGAGAAGGAAACAAAAUACCACAACAGUCAAAGUGUGGACUGACAAUUGUAAUGAUUACUCCUUGUAUUGUGUAGCUGGUCCCUUCUACCUUAAUAUAUGAAAUUUAUGAAGCUUCUGUUUUGGCAAUUUUGAAAAUUUACAUUUUUGAUUGAUUGAUUCUUUAUCAUGAUGUUCCCGUCUACGAUAUUUUUCAUUUUACCCACAAAGAAACAGUCCUCUUUUACAACCCAAAUAAAACAGCAGAUCCCAAACAUUAGGGGCAAAAGGCAGAAAACUGCAUAACAAAACAUAGGGAGACAGGAACCCCAAGGAAUCUCCACUGGUAAAAAGCAAGUGUUCUUUAGGUUAGGAACAGGGGAUCCGUCUUUGAGAGUUUAGGGCUACAUGAAAGCUGGCUCGGGACAAGGACUAAAAGUGCAUUUGGGAU